AAGCCUUGCAGCUUGCUCUUUUCUUUGCACAACAAACCCACCAUGGCUGGUUUUACUUCUUUUCCCUCGGCCUUGGUGCUAAUUUGGAUUUCUUCUCUCUUGCUGGCUUCUUAUGCUUGUGCAUCAGAGGCAGGAUAUUAUUCGGUUCCUUUAGUGAACGGACUCUCAUGGUCAUUCUACGAAUCUAGUUGCCCUAAGCUUGAAUCCAUCAUCAGAAAGGAGCUCGCCAAGGUUUUCAAGAAGGACAUUGGCCAAGCCGCAGGCUUGCUGCGCCUCCAUUUCCAUGACUGCUUUGUCCAGGGAUGUGAUGCUUCAGUCUUGCUUGAUGGAUCAGCUAGUGGUCCGAGUGAGCAGGAUGCGCCUCCGAACCUCAGCUUGAGAUCUCAGGCCUUUGAGAUCAUCGACAACCUCCGUGAGCGCGUCCACAAGAAGUGCGGAUGUGUCGUCUCUUGCGCUGACAUCGUUGCUCUCGCUGCUCGUGACUCUGUCUACCUGUCAGGAGGCCCCGAAUAUGAUGUGCCAUUGGGAAGGCGGGACGGGCUAAACUUUGCAACAAGAGAAACAACAUUGGACAAUCUCCCCGCACCCACAAGCAACACUAGUGUCCUUCUCACCGAGCUGGCUACCAAAAACCUCGAUGCCACCGAUGUUGUCGCCCUCUCUGGUGGCCACACCAUUGGUAUUGGCCACUGCACUUCUUUCGCUUCUCGGCUCUACCCGACUCAAGACUCUACCAUGGACCAAACUUUCGCCAAAAACCUCAAAGAAAUCUGUCCCACAUCAGAUUCCAACGCCACCACCGUGUUGGACAUCCGGUCGCCCAACAAGUUUGACAACAAGUACUAUGUUGACCUUAUGAAUCGACAAGGCUUGUUCACAUCAGACCAAGAUUUGUACACGGAUAGCAGGACAAGGGACAUUGUCACUAGCUUUGCUCUUGACGAGGAUCUCUUCUUUCAGCAGUUUGUGACAUCCAUGAUUAAGAUGGGGCAACUCACUGUGUUGACGGGCGGGGAAGGGGAAAUUCGUGCCAAUUGCUCUGUGAGGAAUUCUGAUAAUGUAAACUUGACUUCUGUAGUGGAAGAAGAAGAUCAAGAGGCUCAUUCUGAAUUAUAAGAUCAGCUUAAUUAAUUCAUGGUAUUGCAUUUUGUAAUUCCAUUCGAUCUGGGUGUUCUUGUUUCCGAAUUGUAUGGGAUCAGUUUAUUACUUGUCUAAUAGUAUACUGUUUUACUUAA